AUUCGGAUCUGGACAAUUCAAAAUGCCGGAAAUUUUAAUCAAAUUGUGAUUUCAAUCCCUGGGUUUAAUUUUGAUAUUAUAUUGUUUUAGGGAUAUGACCGUGAUUCAUUGAAGACGUAGGGGAAGCAGAUUACUUCAACCAUGGAGCAGAGGCUGGGGCGAAUAUUGUACGUUGUCGUGGUUGUCAUGGCAACCGUCACGCUCUGUGACAAGAGUGUGUUCGAUUGGGUUCCACGUGAUAAUUACGGUAAAAUAAACGGACUAAUGACCACCAUACAGAAAGCCUCAGAUUGUAAAGCCAAAACACAGCAGGCCAUGACCCUUCCUAAAGCCUCGGUAUCACAGAUACCCCGGGCUAACCAGCUAUUGAACAAAAUAUGGUACAAAAACAGGACUGCUCUUGUUCAUAUGCACAACAUGGCGCUUAACAGGGCUUUCUUCUAUAGUUAUAUAUUUCAAAAACUGAAUAAAUCUCAGACAGAUUUUGAGUAUCAGCCAGGUUGGUUUUACAAUUACGUUUCCGUAACAGCCGAUACUAAUGCCAACAAGGGGAUAUUCAAUGCUUCAGCUUUAAUGUUUGACAAUCAUACCUAUUAUCCCAACUGGAUGACAAACUUUGAUUUCAAUAAAACGCUUCCGUUGUUUGGUGUUCGCUCCUUCAGAUUUGACGACACGUUUGACAUGGGUGUCAUUCUCCGUGAGCCGACAGGAAGAACUACAUUAGUGCAAGACAUUGGUGCUAUUGGAAAUUAUUCACAUAAGGGCUACAAAAUGGCGCCCUGGUUUAACUUUUGGCUGCCAGAUAAUGACCCCUCAAUGGAUUCUGUUCAAAAAUUCACGUACUCGGUUAAUGUGAAAUAUGCCAACGGUACUGGUCGCUGGCUUCAUGACGAGUUCCAGGCUACGCCAUUUUUUGGCCCGAACUCUCCUGGUAUUGGAGAUACAGACGAUAAGUACAUGCCUGUCCGUUUUACUGAUACCUACUACGAUUGUAAGAUGUCCAACAAGUGGAUCGUGAGCGCUGUGUCCCCCAUUGUAGACUUCAUGCCGAGAUAUUCAAACUGGACCCACUUAAGGAGACCAAGGUUUGUGGGCGUGGCUGUGAUGGACAUUGACUUUUUGAAGAUAGACUUUAAUGCUUGCCCAGUCAGUAUUGGAAACCCGGGUCCGAGUUUCUUGUCCGGAGUCAGCAAGUGUAAAACCAAAACCACACAGUGUAAGCAUGUGUCUGGAAAAGGCUUUAAACGAGGAGCAUACACCUGUAUCUGUAACUCAGGUCACAGUUAUCCUCCGAGAGUUGGACCGCCAUGGAAAGGCGGGGAUCUUGAAAAGGCCACCGAGUUCGAGAAGACAGUGGGCUACAAAUGUCGACCAACUGGAUAUCUCCGUGUGCUUCCCGUAGUGGACACAAGUGCCAUUAACGUGAACGUUGAAGGAGAUUCUGGAUCCGAUAUAUUUCUGACGGAUCGUUUCUCUGGACGUCAACUGAAGUCCGUCAACGCCAGCCGUCUCUAUGGACCAGUCCGGAGAGAAGCUGUGAAAAGAACAAACCAAAUACACACUGUCAAUCGAGAAGCUGCUAGGAAAGAUUAUAUUGACCAAAAAUUCAGCAUGAGAGAAGAGCCUCUGAAGAAGAAAAAGAAGAAGAGGAGGAGGCGAGAAGCCCAAUUUGACCAAAUGAAUUUUGACAGAAUGCAGGGUAUUUUCACAACAAUAAAAAAAAUAAACAGAGAAAACUGCAAAACUUUCUCCAAUCGCGCCAUGCUUCUGCCUGGGGACGUAGGUUAUGGGGCAUCAACCCAGUUUGACACCCAGGCCCGAUUCGCUCUUAGAAUUUCUCACCUACUUAGUAACUGGUACCAAAACGUCAUCCCAGGCGAAAACUUUGGUUACUUGAAAGGUGGAAACCGAAUUCACAACGAACUGUUAUUUGGUGAGGUGUUAGCGAACGUGAUGGGAGACCACAAGGUCCUCUCCAGCGGAAUCUACUUUGAGCCGCACGUAUUUGAGGAUUGGGAUGGAAAGACAAGGGAGUUCUUCGGUCCUUUUGCUUGGAGACGAGACAAAAGUGUGUACGCCAUCGAUACAGCAGGAUUUAAGUCCAGAUAUACUGAUGAAGAUUGGUAUGUUAGAAUCCGACAACGCUGGCAAACUAAUACUGGUGGUGUUUUGAAGUAUAGGAUGAAGGCAAAGGUGCGAUCUGACAUCAAUGGUACAAGUUCCGUGAACUUCGAGUAUUACCCGAUGGGAUACAAAGCCCCCAGUGUCACACAUGGAAUCUGGACUCAGCCAUACUUCCGGUGUGACGGUCGCGUGGAUGCCUGGAUAAUGACGUAUGCUGUUCCAAUCAUCGGUUUGGAUCGUCUUAGGACAAAACUGAAAUUUAAAGGAGUGGUAACCGUGGAUGUUCCAUUACAAGAACUAGAAAUCAACCAAUGUUAUCAAGGAUUUAACAUCCAGAACGCCUUCAAAAACACCGCUAGAUGUCAUUACCCGUCCCAAACAUGUUCCCCUAUAGCAGGCUACAAGUUCUCCCGAGGCGCCUAUAAGUGCGCCUGUCGUCAGGGUUACGAGUACCCCUUUAAGGAUGGACGUAACUUCUUCCAGGGUUCUCUAGUGGACAUUGAAUACGAAAAGAAAAUGGCCGGCCUCUUUAAUCUGUACGACUCGUUGAAAUGCAGAACACAGGGUGUCUCCAUGGUGAUAUGCAAUACCGUUACUCUGGUUGUCAUGUUAGUUAUUGCUGUUUUCAGCAAGAGUCUUUGAAUUUCGUUGUGUCAUAUUUAACUAGAGUCCUGCCAAAUUGUCAUCUCAUUAUUAAUAUUAGUUUUAUCAUUUCUCAUUUAUAUCCAAGAAAGUGAAAUACAUGAUUGAUAUUAUUGAGUAUGAAUGGCAUUAUUCAUUGUAUUGAAUGCUUAUAUAUAUAUAAGCUGUGCGAUUGUAUUGAAUGCAAAAUGCAUGAUCCAUUUACAAAUAUUUGUUCAUACAUAUUUUACUUUGAUAUAUUUUUACAUUUUCGUUAUGUUUUAUUUGUGGGGAAAGUCGACUUUAAACGUUUGAGAUUUUUUUCAUAGUAAAUCAAGACAAGGAUAGCCUAUGAUGAAAUCCAUUACAUGUUAUAUUUAUUCUUAUUAUUUUCCAUAAUAACAAUCAACGUGAGAUUCAGUAUUGAUCAAUGAAAUCCAGUUUCGUUAGCUAUAUACAUUUAAAGUAUUUAUGCAAUAAACAGUAUAUUUACA